GCGACCCUCACAGCCUCGACACCUUCGCUGCGGAAACGGAGGCCGCGCUGAGAGCUUGUGUGGAGGGAGAGCGGGGCGCCGAGGAGUGCGGCCCGGAGGCGGAGAUUCCGUGUCCGCUUGCCAUGUGGGAGCUCGGACACUGCGAUCCUAAGAGAUGCACCGGGAGGAAACUGGCCCGAAAAGGGCUGCUCCGAAACCUGCGCCUCAGCCAGAGGUUUCCCGGCGUCGUUCUCAGCCCUCUGGCCGCCGUCUGCGUCUCUCCCGCCGACAGGCAUAUCAUUGCUCAGAAUGGAAUUGCAGUUAUAGAUUGCUCAUGGGCUAAAUUAGAAGAAACGCCUUUUAAGAAAAUGAGAGGAGGUCAUCUAAGGCUGCUGCCUUACUUGGUGGCUGCAAAUCCUAUCAACUACGGCCGGCCGUGCAAGCUGUCUUGUGUGGAAGCUUUUGCUGCAGCUUUUUGCAUUGUUGGAUUCCCAGACCUAGCCACCAUUCUUCUAAGGAAAUUUAAAUGGGGGAAGACAUUUAUUGAGCUGAACAAAAAUCUCUUGGAAAAAUAUGCAGCUUGUCAGUGCCAUGAAGAAGUGCUAGGUGUUGAAAAGGACUUUCUAGCUAGUGUCAAAGAAAUAAAAGAAGAAGAAAUAGAUCCAUUUGAUGUUGACUCAGGAAAGGAAUUUUGUAAUCCCAAUAGGCCAAUCAAUUCUUCAAGAAUAACACAAAGUAAUGAAGAAUCAGAGGAGGACAGUGUGAGCACUCCAGAUGAUACCAGUGAGAGCAGUAGUGAGAACAGUGAACAUGAUGAUGAUGAUCCUGGGAAGUUUUUCCAAGAACAGCCAAUAAUAAAUCAACUACCUGAGAAGUGAAAACAAAGAAAACCACACCAAAAACAUGCCAACAGCCUGAUGGAGUUCUACACUUUCUUGUGCAAAUAAACUUUCUUGUUAACAAAGUAGCCUUUCCACCUGUAACUGUGGGGUGCUCAGCAAGUGUCUUUUGUUUAUGUGGGCCUCUCAUCUUAGGCUAAAGAUAUGUUUGUAGGUCUAUUGAUGCAUGUAAGGCCUAUUUUAAGAUAGGCCUUCCAUAAAGAAUUAUUUAAGAAAUCCAAAAGCUUAGUUAUGCUUAGUUAUGCAAAUAAAAAAAAACAUUGUAGUCAAUGUUUCUGGUAAGUGAUUUAUAAGGAUUAUUUUCACUUGUACACUGCAGAAAACAAUUCCUGAGUAUAUUUUACCUGGACAACACAACUAGGUUAUUGCCUACAACAUACAGAGCCUCUGACUUUUGGUGGCUUGACCCUGCCAUAUACAUUUCAAUUCCAUCCAAUUUAGGGUAAACAAAAUGCCUUAGCUUAAAAAAAAAAA